GAAGGCUGUUUGACAUUUCCUAUGAUGUUAGAAGAAUGUAAGCAAUUGAUGACGGUACACUUACAAGAAGGCAAUACCAAUGAUUGAAGGGCUUGAACAACACUAGUUUUCUUGAGGACUACCAUCUAGGGAGAUAAGGCUUUGAAUAAGAUGCCCUUCCAGUAAAUGCGAAAAUAAUGUAGCAAUUAAAAAGAUGUAUAAUUUUAUUGAUCAUUGUCUUGGAAAUGACAAGGUUAUAAGUGAUCACCAUGGACUCUGGACUGCUGGGUCAAGCUGUACAAUACCAUGGACCAGAACUAGUGAGAUGUCUCCAGAUAGAACAGCAGCAGAUGCCCAGUAGUAUGACAGAACACCUCAGUAGAUACCGCCAGCGACAGCACGUCACAACGGGGCUUAGGGGAGAUAUAUCCCAGAGAAUUCAGAGUUUUGUGGCUAAGAAGGCAGAUUAUUUGUUUACUCAUGUUGAAGAUGCUUCAGUAGAGCCACCAGUAUCCACUGAUGAAGACACUUAUGCCAAGAUGCCUCCCAUUGAGUCAUUCAUGGGAGUGGAUUGGACGGCAGCCAGAAGACAUUUCUUCAAUAGUUUAGAGAGAUACGACAUUGUGAUAGGAGUAGUGACCUCUUCACUAGAGAGUGGACUGGUCUUAACCCUUCUCUGUCUUGAUAACGACAAAGCUCGAGAUAUCGACGAGAUGAAGUUAACAGCAUUUUGUCCUGCGAAGGAGCUUCCUAGAGUUCCUUAUCAGAGUCCCAUGGAGGCUUUUACUGUCAAGGACAAAGUCAGAGGUGUGGUAGUGAAUGUGAAUUCGGAGUCAGAACGCAUCAUUGUCUCAUUAAAUGAGAGGGCUCUCUCUGAGGAGCAGGAACAUAUUAAAUUGGGUUUGAUUAAUGCAGAUGAGUUUCCUGUGCAGUAUAGGCGUAAGUUACAUAUUCGAGGUUUGACCUUUGAUGAACUCCUUCACUCUAUCCUGGGGUUUAACAAUGUGGGAAAUGUGCCCUACCUAUUGGGUGUACUGAAGCUCGAGGAUUCAUCAUCAUACAUGAGAGGCCUGCAUAAAUUAAAACUUCCUGAGAAAGAGAUGGCUGAGGGACUAAGGAAACAACAAUCCCAGAAGUGGGCUCAUCAGAGUGUUGCAGAAGGUAUAAAAUAUUUUAAGAUGGGAAAGCAGACAGAAGCAAUGCAAUACCUUAAUAAAGCACUGCAGAUUGAUGCAUUAAAUGUGGAAGCUUUAACUGCUAGAGGGGCCCUGUAUGCAAAUAAUGAGAGUUACACCAAAGCUAUGGAAGACUUUGAAGAAGCUUUAAAAAUAAACCCUAACCACCAGAAUGCCAAGAAGUACAUGUAUGAAACAUUGUUAGCUGUAGCCCGAAUGAAGGAGGACAUUGAUAAUUUUGAGGAGGCAGAGAUAUACAUUAAGAGGGCCCUAGAUAUAGAACCUCAGUCUGUAGAAGCCAGGGAAGCUCUCAGAUUUCUACUUUACAAAAAGGAUCGACAGCAUUUCAGUGACCGACACCGUAAACAGGGGCGGUAUGAUGAAGGGAGAGAUUCAGAUGAGGAAAUGUUUAUGGAUCGCACCACAGCGACACUGAAAAAGCUGAUUAAUGAAGACCGAAGCAGAAGUGACAAGAAGAGAAAAGAGAGAUCCCCACGAAGUUCAAGGACAAGGAGGUCAAGGUCACCAAGGUCUCCAGACAAGGAUAUUUUUGGCAGACGUAAAUAUGAUGGUAUUCCAGGCUUGGAUUUUGGACAAGAGACUGAGAAAUCAGAGAAAUCACCACCAAGGCAAAAAUAUAGGUCAAGGUCACCAGAGGAAUCUCCGAGUCGUCAAUACAAUGUAGACCAUCAGUCAUCUUUCAUGUUUAAAGCAAGAGAUAAUGAUCGAGAUGGAGGAGAAUAUCCAGAUUACAGAGGAAAAUUUGACGAGAAAUUGAGAGGGCUGCGAGAGUCUAGUUUAAGUAGAGAUAGACAGAGUGUAGAAGGAAGAACAGACAGAAGAAGUAUGGAAAGAAACUCUGAUAGAAAAUACAUGGAUAGGAAUCCAGAUGGAGAUUUAGAGAAAUAUCCAGAUAGAAGUAGGAAUAUAAAUCCAUAUCCUGAAGGAUUCAACCGAAACCCAGAUAGAAGUAUUGAAAGAAAUGAAGGCAGGGGAAGUCAAGACCUAGAAAUUCCCAAAGAGAAAUCCCAGAGAGAGGAGAUUGAUCUUUUGUAUGGAGACAUUGAUGAUUUUGAUCCUAAUAGACAAGAAGAGGAGAGAGUGAAAAAAGGUCUCACUGAAAAUUUAAUGAAAAUCAAAUCCAAAUCCAGUGAGCCUUUACAGCUUUCAAUAAAGAAGGAAGAUGCCCCUGGGUCUCUGACUCAAAAAAGGAGUGUUUCCCCAAAUUCAGAAAAUUUCAACUCUGUAAGGCUCAAAGAAGAAAAAAUACUCUUAAGAGAUGUAAUGAAAAAGGAGAAUUUUACAGAUGAUGAUAAAUCUAGAAGUGAGAGUGUGUCACCAGUGAAAAAGAAAAAGUCAAAGAAAAUGAAGAACAAAGAAGACAAGACAGAGAAAAAGAAAAGAAAAAGUAAAGGAAGCUUGUCUCCCAGUGAGAAAAGAUUCUACAAAGAUGGAAAAGAUACAUUUAAGAGGGAAAAAAGUGAAAGGAAGUUGUCUGACAGCUACAGUAGAAUUCCUAGGAAAGAUAUGGAGGAGACUGAGGAAGACAGAAAAUCUAAAGGUGAAAAGAAAUACAAAAAGAGAAAAGAAUAUCCAAGUGAUGUAGACUCGGAGAGAAAGAGGCAUGAAAAGAUAGGGUCCAUAGAAGAUGUGGUUAAAUCAAGAUGGGACAGUCCAACUGAUGAAAAAUAUUACAAAGACUUGAACCCUGUACGAAAAUCACGUUUUGAUUCUGGUGAUAAGUAUCAAGAACAAAAGCCUAAAUUGGAAACGGUCUCAAAGUUCCGCAAUACAUUUAAAGAGACGACAGAGAGAAGAGAAGACUUAUCUAAGGUUAAAGAGGAAGCAAAGGUACCACAGAAACACAAGUCAACAUCAAGGGAGAGAGAGGAGUUGUAUCCACAAGGCGAACCCAAAAAAUUUGGCCUUCCAUCCAAAGAAGACCUGGAUAGAGAAUUUGAGGGAAUUCGAAUCCACAUACGAAAUGACAAGUAUAAUUCUGUUGAGGAGCAGAAAGGAAGUCAUGGACCGGUGGGCGUCCGACCAUUUGACAGUGUAGAAGAAGAUCCUGUCAGCAUUGUCAGUGUUCUACACUCAGAGCAGAUUUAUGCUCCAAAACCAGAGCCUGCAUAUCAAGAAGAGCUGUUUGAAGUAAAGUUAAAAAGAGAUGAUUCCCCAACCCAGCAUGAAAGACCAAAAUCAAAUUAUCGGACAAGACGUUCACAAUCAUCCUCAUCCUCCAGUAGAAGCCGGUCUUCAUCCUACGAAAAAAGCAAACAGCGUAGAGCACCAGUAUCACACGAUAAGAGAAGGUCACAUGGCAGUCGAAGCAGAUCACCAAGUUCCCAUCAUGGAGGUUCUGAAAGGAAAAGGUCAAGGUCACCUCAUAGUAAUGAUGAAAAGGCAGACAAGAGUGAUAUUGGGAAAAAAAUCUAUGAGAUAAAUCGGUAUAAUAAAAACAGAAUCUUAUCGGAUGGGAAAUCAGUAACUAUUAAACCUUUUGUCAAGCUGGAGAUAGGAUCUCGUGGGAGAGGGGGUGUGAGGGGAAGAGGGGACUCAAAAUUUAUGGAUAGCAGCAGGGGGAGAGGAAAAUUCUUUGAUAGCAGUAGAGGGAGGGGAAAGUUUAUAGAUAGGGGAAGAGGAAAGUUUGUAGAUAGGGGAAGAGGAAAGUUUAUAGACAGGGGACAAGGAAAAUUCAGAGGACGUGGACAAUAUCAUGAGAGAUAUAAAAGCAGGGGGGACUAUCACAAGGAUCGUUCUUACUCCUCAAAGCGCAGAUCAAGGUCAAGGUCCAGUUCGAGGUCAAGGUCAAGAUCUAAAGACAGAUCAAGACAUAGAUCGAGGGACAGGUCAAGGUCACGUUCCAAACACAGGUCAAGGUCACCAAAGAAUUCCCAUCCUAAGAGCAGAUCUCCUCAGAGGAAGAAGGAAAGCUGGUCUCCACCGAUUGGCCAGGGAAGUGGUUACUAUGGCCCAAAAGCUAGUAAACCAGGAAAAGCAGAUGAUGUUGGAGUGGGGACUAGUGUUCCUAUGACAACCGGUGCUCCAUCUGCUGAGGGUAAAAGUUCACUAGAUAUGAUGGAAACAUUUCUGGAGGAAUUGAGACAGAAGAAAAUGCAAGCAGCUGCAAAUAACAACUUUUAACUUCAUAAGAAAAUGUCUUUACAUGUAAAAAAUGUCAAUUUUAAUUUUUAUUCAAAUUUGAUAAAGUAUAUCAAAUUUUGUUGUAAAUGUCAUAGUUAUCAAAUGCUUUUGUUAUUGUUCAUUGUAAAUAUGAUCGUUUCAAGUUUUUAUGGUAGAAACAAAAGAUAAUUUGGAAAGGUUGUUGUACAUGAAUGUAAUGUUUCUUUAAUUACCAAAGACCCCAAAAUAGCAGAGUUGGAAGAAACAGACAUUAAUUUGUUGCCGUUAUAAGACAAUGUGUUCUUUUAACCAUAGACUUAAAGUCACUGAGUCACUGAAGGAAGUGGUGUUUGUUCUUGUAGGCCAUAUUUUGUACAAAAAAGAAAAUAUCUUUAAAAGAUUGAAACAAUUA